AAAUUCUCAUCAGUUUCACUCACAGUGACACUGUAUGGAAUAUGGAGUUUGUACCAACGUGGCAACCGAUAUUAAAACACUCUAUUAUUGCCACAUUUUGAUUAAAUUUCGCUGGUCAUUUUCUUUGAGCACAACUAUCAGUCUCUAGCGGUGAUGGAAGCAAGAAUAAAAUCAGCUUUGAGCAUAGUUGUUGAUGUUUGGGAAGGCAAAAAUGAAACAUAUUUUAUUGAUGCAUUCAAGGACAAAUUGGAGACAUUACGCGAGAAUUCGUCAAAAAAUCUUCGCGAGGAUUCGCCAAGAAAUCUUCGCGAGAGUUUUUUUUUCUUUCAAGACGGAGUUGAAAAGCUAAAAGAUUUGGAAGGGCGUGCUGCAAAUCAACCAUCGUCGUCAAAACCGGAAACAACAACAUUGUUAUCUCAAUCUAAACCGUUGUUUGAAGAAGCUGGAAAGAGAGCGAAAGAAGCAUUUGAUGAUGCGUCUUUAAGCAUCGAAGAUAAGAUAACAGCAAGCAAGAUUCACAUAGCAAGCGCUAUUCUUCAACACUUGGAUAACUGUGAGUUGGCGACAAGAGAUUUGUUGCGAUGCCUGAUAGAAUUAAACUCAUCGGUUGUCGCGGAAGUAACGGCCGAAUCUCAAAAUAACUUAGAAGACGAAAUCCUUGACAGUGUAAUACAUAUCAACGUCAAUUUGGCCGAUUUCAUAUUUAAGCACACUAACAAGAGAAUGUAUGUUAUGGAAUGGCCCUUGAUUCAAUAUGGCAAGCAGUUGAUUCAUCCUUUCUAUUUCAAAAGCAUCAAUGAAAUUACUGCCACGCCACUACCUUGGUACACAACUGACCUUCGUAAGAAUAUUGAUUUCUUUAACAAGAAAAUGAUCGUUAACAGAAAAGGGGAAUUACUUGUUUUUGAUGGAAAUCAAUUGCAAAGGCUUGACAGCAAGAGCGGAAAGUUUCAAACAUGGUGUAAAGGACGUCUGAAUGUUGAAAAUAGACAAGUAAAAUGCAUGAACGUUGAUGAAAAUGGCAUGGUAUAUCUACUUUUGUAUGGUAAAGACCAUCCAAAUGGCAAUUAUGUGUUGAAACUUUGUUUGGAAGACAGAAUUGUUCAAAAUUGUACUUUGCAUUUUCUUAAUGACAAAAACUUUAGUAAGAUUUUUCUAUCUGCCACGCCCAAUGACUCAGUUAUCCUUGCUACAGUGAAAAGUUCAAAACGCAAACGAAGUGAAAUCAAUAUAUAUGUGUGUGACAGUAAAGGUGAACUUAUUAACUCGUUUGUACCAAAAGUUAAUGGUAAACCAGUUGAUGAUGAAGUGAAAAGUUUGUCCAUUUCAUCUUGUGAAAAUAUAGCAAUUUUGGCAAAUUCAUCUGGCCGAUGUUACCAACUCAUCAUUUUUACGUUGGAUAAAACUUUUGUUAAAAAGAUAAAAAUUCAUCCACAGGUUAAAGGAAUCAACACAUACACUACUCAAGUCAUUUACACUCCCUUUGACAACACUAUCAAAGGUUUUUAUUUUAAAGAGGACAAAUCACAGCUUGUUAUUGAAACUUUUUCCAUUGAAACUGAAAAAAUUAAAAUAAAAUGGUCUGUAAUGCUGAUGAAUACAGGAUAUUAUUCAGAAUUAUUUGAUGGUUUGUUUCGUCUUGUUCAUCAUGCAAAUGGAAAGGUGGCUUUGCUUUCAAGUGAAAGUAUAAUUUACAUCAUCAAAGGGAGCAGUGAGCAUGAUGGCAUGGAAGAGAACUUGGAAUGGAAAGAAACCAAAUCUUCCCAUGCAGACACUUCAACCACAGCAGUUAUGAGUUCAGAGCCAUCUGGAAAUCACGAUGCUACAGUAAUGAGUGAUGUUCCCGAAAAUAGUGAUCUCUGGGAAAUUUCUGAAAUGAUAUAUCCUCAAUGGCCGGAGCUUGCUAGAAUGCUGGGCAUACCUGAAAAAAAUUUGCACAAUAUAUGCUCUGUAAAUAAUAAAUUGCCAAUGGAAAUGCUUUUGAAGUGGAAAAAAACAGAAGGAAAAAAUGCCACCGUGAAUAUGUUAUUUGAAGAUUUAAAUGCCUUUGGCCGUCGACAAGACGAAUGCGAAAGAUCUGAUCAGGGAUGCCCACGCCAGCUGGAUGAUAGUUUACCUGGUAAAUUAACAGAUGAAGAAAAUUGUUAUGAACAUCAUGCCACUCGACAAUUACCAACUGAGUCUGAUCUGGAAUCAUUUCGUUCAAAUGUUCAGGCAUUUCAAAUGCUGUUGCUUUGGGAAAAGGAAAAAGGAAAAGAUGCUACUAGAAAAAAAUUGGCAGAUGCCUUAAUCAGUAUAGGUCGUUCGGAUCUUUCAGAGAAAAUUUUACCAGGCAAAACGCGUAAUCCUGUCAUAUCGUCAAGUGAUAAGGAAGUGUUUUCUUUUAAAAAUGAGCAAUCAUCAGAUAAAGAGAAGUCCUUUGAUGGUGGACGUCUUGAAGAGAUGGACAUAAGACAAGAUGCAGAUAUUUCCGAAGAGGAAAUAUUCGAUGGAAUACUGGUGAGGGACCAGCAAACUAUGUCACUCCGUACCAAAGCUACAAGAUUGAUAAAUCGGAGUGAUUCAUUGUAUGAGCAAGGGAGCAACAUUAUACCUGUCUUGAGCUCAGAUAUGAAAACUAAUGGUUUUAAGUUGAUGAGAUUAAUUGUUGAUAUUGGUGGAGAAGCUUUAAGAAUAACAUUGAGGAAACAACUGUCAGGUACUGAUUUAUUUUAUUUUUUAAAUGACAGAAAAAAUUAUCGUAAGCUUUUGUCGCUAAAAGAUAGGCAAAUAAAGCAACAUCAAUGGGAUUUACUGUAUCCUCCUCCUCCAAUAUUUGCAAAUGAAAAUAAGUUUGACAUUACUUUACUUUGUAUUCUCCUGCGUAAUAUUUGUGGUUUAAAACCACCUCAUGAUCCAAUAUGGACGUCAGUAAAUGACCGCACUGAUGAUUCAACUGAAGCAGAUAUUACCCGUAUCAGGUUAUUUCGUAAUGGUCGUUUUGCUCACUUACCUAACACUUCAGUAAGCUUUGAUGAAUUUGAAAAUCACUGGGCGGAAAUAAGCGAACCAUCAGUUCGUUUAGGAAUAAGUCAGGAAGAAAUAGAUAGAUUGAAAAAUGAGUUGUUUGGUAAUGAAGAAUAUAAAAGAAUUUUGAGAGAAUGGGAUAGAUUAAAGAGCGAUUUAUCUGAUAUUAAAACUGUUCAGAGAGGUAUUAAGAAUGUAGUGGAGGGUAUAGAGAAAGAUUUACAACAGGUAAAAGAUAGUUUCACAGUAAUUAAAGACGAAGUACAUGAAAUACGACAUCACCCUCACUUAGGUCCAGAAGAAUAUUUUUUGACAAAAAACCUUGUUAGCUGUAACUUUGAAAGCGAAAUUAAACAUCAUUAUGAAAAAUUUUUAGAGGGAACACGGGAAUGGGUUUUUAAUGAGUUUUUAGCUUGGUUUGAAGACGACACUUCUAAAAAUCGUGCAUUUAUUAUUUCUGCUGUUGCUGGUAUGGGUAAAUCUGUAAUUGCAGCUACUUUAUGUAAACGUUAUCCACAAUAUUUGACUGCAGUUCAUUUCUUUCGACACAACAACAGUCGUUACAAUAAAGCCAACGUACUUCUUCAAUCUUUAGCGAUGCAAAUUAGUCGUAAGUUUCCUCCUUACAAACAACAACUUGUGGAAAAACUUUCGGGUAAACUCUCUCAGCCUUUGAAUCGCAUGAAUGUUGAAGGAUUAUUUUCCCUUCUUUUUACUGAGUUGUUUUGUAAUAUCUCAGAAGUUCCCAAGCGAAUGUUAGUUGUGCUGGAUGCUCUUGAUGAAUGUGGUUAUUCAGAAAGAGAUGACCUUGCUUAUUUGCUUGCUAAUCACUUACACAAACUUCCGCCUUGUUUUCGCUUUGUAAUUACCACGAGACCUAACGAAGUUGCUUUAAAUAUGUUCGAAAAAUUAAUUCCACUGUUCAUUAACUGCAGCGAUGAUCGCAAUUUAAAGGAUAUUAAAUUUUUGAUUGAUGAAAGAAUUGGCUCUACUGACAUUCUUCCUGAUGUUAAAAAUAUUUUGGCAGAAAAAGCUGACGGACUUAUGUUGCUUGCUUCGCUUCUUAGCAGUGAAGUCAAAAAUCAGGAUUUGUUGAAUGGUUCCAUACCAAAAGAUGUCAGUGAAUAUUACGAAAUUUGCUUAACAAGAUUAAGUAAGGAAUUAGAUUUUUUUCAUAUCAGUAACGAAAAGUUUCAGUCAAUUUUAAAUGCUCUGGCUGUUGCUAAGGAACCUCUUCCUUGGAAAAUGAUCGAUGACGUUCUUUGUUUGAAUUCGAAUCGCAUGUCACUUGGGGUUAGAAAAAUUAUCUCUUGUCUGUUUGUUAGCAAUGAAGAAGGAUGUGUUUCGUUUUUUCACGAAUCCUUAAAUGAUUGGUUGUUGGAUGAUCGAAAACAUGAUUACUCAGUAAAAACUUCUUGUGGUCAUCGACUUGUUUUAGAAUUUUGUUUAAAAUCUUUGGAUAACCUCAAAGCUGGAGGUGUAAACUAUGACAUCAUCAAACAUGCGUCAGUGAAGUAUUCAGUCAAGUAUUGGUUGUUUCAUUUACUCUAUAUUUCUGAUAAUGAAUGUAUCGCUGGAAAUGUUGCAAACGUCAACUAUGGAUGGUUGUAGAAUGAAAGUGAUCAGUUUAGUUCAUAUAAAUGGUCAACAAAUCAUUCACAACAAAAUUAACUUCGACAUGUAAGAUUUACAUCAAGUUAUGAGAAUGAAAAAUAUGGAAAAAUUUCAACGUCUUUCUUUUUCAAGAUGUCAUAUUUCUAUAUCCACUGUGUUUUAUUUUUUGUGUAGUGAACAAUUUUAGAUCAUUAAAUUUAUUACAUAUUGUUGUGUACAUAUCUACGUAUAGUGAAUAGAUAUCUUUCAUUACAACUCAUAAACGGACAUGUACCGUAAGUAUUUCAUUUUCUUGUGUAUACAUAUCUACGUAUAGUCAAUAACAUCCCAUAAACGGACAUCUACCGUAAGCAGACAUUAGGUCGUGGUCUCAAGGAUGUCCGUUUACGAGUAGCUUGCAGACUUUGCAUUACUGCACUUUUUCUUUGCGUUUCUAAAUUUUUCUUUUGCUUUUUAAAUUUUAAAUGCUAAAUAAAUGAAUCCCACAUAAUUCAACUCCAUUUUUUAGAUUAAUAGUAAUUUUCCAACUGGUAUGUGAAGAUUACUGGUGCUUUAGAAAAGGACGUGUCUUAUCCUGAAUUCAAAAAUACUAAUUUUUAAAAUUAGCAUUCAAUAGUUGUAUAAUAACUUGCACUCACAUUCAGCAACGUUAUUUGUUGGUAACUGUCAUCUUGUAAAGGAAUUUGAAAAAUACCCACAUUUUAUCGAAACUGAACAAUUGCAAUUGUCAUUUUAAAGACUGGUUGGGAUUCAUUCAUUUAGCACUUAUAAAAAAUUAUUUGGAGAGAAACUUUCUUUUUGCGCAGUGUUUUGUUGAACUUUGUUUUUUAACACAUAUUAACGUAGUUUUAUUAUAUUAGUAUGUUAAUGUAGGAAAUAAUCGUAUAAAUAUGUUUUCUACAAAAUUGUUACAAUAUAUGUGUGUUGAUCUAUA